AUGAAAUAUGUGUGUGGCAUUGAUGUCGUUUACGGCGAUAGUUCGAACGCAAUAGAUGGAGAAGAUAUCAAUAAAGGCUUUGGCGGUCAAUACGUCUACCUCGUCCCAAGAUACACGACACACCGUAACAAAGCCGCAAGUGGUUUCUCCCUCUACACCUCGUACAUUGAGGACUGGUGUGCGAAUGAUAUAUCGAAGGGGGAUGGAUUGGAAACUUUUCGCUAUAUCAAUACUCACUACUAUUUGAACAAUAGUAACAUGAGGGUAGUCGGUUCGGUGUAUCUCAGAGAGAAGGAGAUGGGCGAUGGGAACACUGACGAUCUCAAUAAAGAUAGGGGAGGCAGGUAUUUGUUUCUUUGCUGGAAAUAUGCGGAGUAG